AUGAAUCCCCGCCGGGGGACUCGCAAGGCGUGUGCCCUUUGCCACGAGCGGAAAAUCAAGUGUGAUGGAGCAACACCAAGUUGUCGGAACUGUUUGCGAGCACAGACAAUUUGCCAACCGCAUGAGCGACGCCGCCGGUUCACUGUUCGCACAUCGGAGCUGAGUCUGAGCCAACCUCCGAGGCCUUCGGUUACGCCCCAGGCCACUGCUGAGAGAUUGAAUUGGCUCGAGAAUGAGCUUUUACGUGUUUUGGAUGUUGACGUCCGCCAGGUGAGCACUGGAAUCGCACUUGACUCGCUUCCACGUUGGCAAGAUAUUUUACGCGCUCAUCAUCAUGAUCUUGGAGCUUCUCGUGUCGCUUCUGCCCCUGCGCAACGCGCGGGUGCUCAGUCCUCCGCAUUGCAGAGCGAAGAGGACGAAUCACCUGAUGUCGACCCCAACAUUUCCCUUUUGGCAUUCAAUGCUACCGGCGGAGCUCGGUAUUUGGGUGCAUCAAGCGGAUCCAUUUUCGCCCGAUUUAUUGCAAAUACUGCUCGAUCCAUUUUACCACCAGGGUCUACACUUCAGUCACACGUAUAUGACUCUCGGACUAUACAUCGCCCCACUGUUCCUUUCAAUUCCGCAAACUGGAGACCUUCAGCCGCAUUUGAUUUCUUGUUACGAUGCUUUUUAAAAUGGGUCCACAGCUGCUAUCCUUUAUUCCUGUCUCGGGAUAUUACAACACUCAAGUCCAUGAGCUAUUCAAGCAAGCCACCACCGGAAGCCGGGGAUAUGACUGUCAUAUUCUAUCUUGUCAUGUCAAUAGGUGCUGUUCAUGCCGAACAACAUCACCUCCUGGAUCAUUUUCAGGAUGACACCGGUCUUCGGGAUUAUCAAAACGACGCUUCAGCCUAUGGAGUUUCAUCAGAGGCAUUAUACCGGAAAGCUAUCGGACUGCUCGCAUCUGAGCCAUCAAACUUGAAUUCUCGUAUAUCUUUGGUGCAGAUUCUGAAUCUGAUCUCAAUCUACGCCUCCCAUCGCCCAUCUGACAAUGAACAGUGGCAUAUCGCGGGGAUGGCUAUGCGUCUAGGUUUACAUCGACAUAAUGACGGCUGGAAAUUUACGACGCAUGAGCUUGAACUCAGGCGUCGAGUGUUCUGGACGACCUACGCCAUCGAAAUUACACUGGCGUUUAAUUUGGGCCGACCCGCCAGUAUUUCCUUUGAAGAUGCUGAUGCGCCUUUGCCUAGCAAAUCAGAGGAAACAGCACUCGCCAUUCACCAUAUUAAACAUCGAAAAAUACAAGAGCAAAUGCUGUGUUUCGUCUACCGAAGCAGAUCGCACAAGGCAUUCGUAACGUCGGAGCCCGAUGCGUCAGUGUCUGAUACUAUCGAGAGGCUCCAGCAAAAGCUGGACGAAUGGCAUCAAGAGCUACAUGAAAUGCAUCACCAUUCAGCGUCACCCUACCCUGUGGAGUAUUGGGAUCGACUAUAUUACUCAACAUCUGCGGCGCUUACUCGACCCACCCCUCUUGUUCCCCGAACCGGACCCAUGCUCCAGAAAAGGUGUUUUCGAUCAUCUUGCCAAGUAAUUGAGAUCCAUGAAACCCUUAUCCGAAAUUUUCGACUGCCCUACUCCUGGAUGUUAUUACAAGGCCUCGUAUUCUCAGCCAUCUCGAUGAUCGUGACAGCUAGGACGAGCUCCGCUGUACUAUCCAAGGAAUUUGGUAUGGACGAAUUUUUGGACAUCCUGACGAGAUGCGUGCGCAAGUUUCACGUUGUCCUGGCCGUAAUGAGAGAGAGAUGGACUGGUCUAGCGAUCAGGCAUCUCGAAGAUUUGCUUGACAAGCUGUGCCAAGAUACCUUGAGACAUACUAUCAACAUACUGGCGAAACAGUCAUCUGGAAAGGACCCUUCUCUGCAGUUGUCGGACAACCCCGUCCACAUCUCCGAUAAUAUGCCGGCAUUCUCUCCGGGUGUAAAUGAAGGUGAGACAGCACCUACGGCUAACAUGUCGAAUGAUCGACGUAUUUCAACCGAGGAAGAAUUCCCCGGUAGUCUGCUGGGCGAGGGAGUAUACCAUGAAUCGAACAACCCACUUCAGCCAGCCACGGACUCGUGGAUUUCGGAACUGGACUCGAGCGAAAAUUGGAGGAUUUUUGAUAACCUGUUUGACCCGGACGAACUGAGAACCUUUUUCGAUUUUUUCCCAAUCGAACCGUACACCUUUUGA